AUGGCUGCUGCACCACCAAACAAUGCCUCGGUCCUCGGCCUCCUGAAACUGAACCAUGCACAACGCAGGGCGGUGUGCUCAGAGGCGGCCACCGUUGCCAUCAUGGCUGGUCCAGGCAGCGGGAAGACACAUACUCUCACCUCGCGUGUCGUCUGGCUCAUUGACGCCAUGGGCUACGAGCCACAGGAUGUCAUUGUUGCUACCUUCACCGUCAAAGCUGCCCGCGAGAUGCGAGAGCGCAUCGGCCGCGCCCUGGGGGACGGCCGCGAGAACAGGAUGGUCCUCGGCACAUUUCACAGCAUUGCCCGCCGUUAUCUGGCGGCGUACGGCAGGCACAUCGGCCUGGAUCAAAAGUUCGCCAUUGCCGAUGAUGCCGACUCAAGGGCCAUCAUAAACCGCAUCUGCAAACGCCUGCAGUUGAGCAUAGACCCUGUCCAGGCACGUGCAUGGAUAAGCAAGAGAAAAGCCAAGGGCAAAGAGUGGAAGCCCACCCCUCUGCAGAGGAAACGCAGCGGCGAGGCCGCGGAGGGGGCCAGGUCCUUCGAGCUGUGCUACCGGGAGUACCAGCACCAUCUUGAACGAUCUAACCUUCUCGAUUAUGACGACCUCCUCACCCGCUGCGUUGAGCUUCUUCAGACCAACCCGGCCUGUGUGUCCAACGUGGAUGCCGUGCUCAUCGACGAGUACCAAGACACGAAUGGCAUUCAGUACGAGCUCAUGCGCCUCCUGGCUCAAAAACGCAACAGGAUCACCAUUGUCGGCGAUCCUGACCAGAGCAUCUACGGAUGGCGGUCGGCAGAGAUCAAGAACCUCCAACGUCUCUUCGAAGACUUCCCCAACACAGACCAGAUAUCCCUAGAGCAGAACUAUCGCUCAUCGCAGGCCAUUCUGGACACAGCUCUGAGUGUCAUACAGCAGGACUCGAAUCGCUAUGAGAAGGUCCUGAAACCUUUCCACGAUAAGGGAACACGGCCCACGCUGCGGCGGCUGAAAAGUUCAACAGUCGAGGCGCAGUGGAUAGUGAAGGAGAUUGGCCGCCUGCAGCUGCUGUCUGGCGGCAUGCUCGGACAUGGCGAUGUUGCCAUACUCCUCCGCUCGGCAUCGCUCUCCAGGAGCAUCGAGUCUGCCCUUGGCCAGGCUGGCGUUGCUUACAAGAUGGUUGGCGGUGUCAAGUUCUACGACAGGGUAGAGAUCAAGAUCAUUCUUGACUACUUGAGAGUGAUCCAUCUGCCGGAAAACAAUGAUGCCCUGGCGAGGAUUCUCAAUGUCCCCAAGCGAGGUGUGGGGGACCCUACAAUUAAGGCGUUGGUCGAAGAAGCAGAGCAGUCGUCCCUGAGUCUGUGGGCUUUGCUGGUCAAACACUGCCGCGGCGAUCGACUUGCCAAGACAAGCAUCAAAAAGUCAACGGAACAGAAGAUAAGUGGCGAAGUAAUUCGUCUCGUCCUGGACAUCCAGAAAAAGAUGGGCAGUCCACAAGACGAGAAGCCGUACGGUCUGGUCGACAUCAUUGAUGAGAUCCUCGCGAGAAUCAACCUCGAAAGGUACCUCAAAGAGACCUACAGCGACACUGAGAAUUUCGAACAAAGGUGGGCCAACGUGCAGGAAUUUCGCGCUCUUGGGAACGAUUUCACCAAGGAUCUUGACAAGGGUCAAGAGGAAGAGCUUCCUGAUGUUGAGGGGCUAGAAAAGUCAGAAGAUUCUGAUGUCCUGGCCCGAUUUCUGGCCAACGUGGCAUUAGCCUCAGACACACAGAAGAAAGCUCAAGAACAAGAGGCCAUUCCCAUGGUCACUAUCUCCACCAUACAUGCCGCGAAAGGGCUUGAAUGGCCCAUAGUCUUUGUUCCAGCGGCUUACAAUGGUUCGAUCCCACAUAUGCGCUCUGAAGAUAGCGAUGAGGAGCGCCGGCUACUCUAUGUUGCCAUGACUCGUGCAAAGGCUUUGCUUUAUAUCAGUUGUCCAUUGUCUAGCUCAUCCCACGGCGGUGGCCAGUCCGAAGUAGAGCUCUCGCCCUUUGUCGAGCCAGUAGCGAAGACAUUCGCCAAGAUUGGGCCAGACCUCGAAAGCCAUAAGCUGAAGGCGAUCGGUACUAUCCUGGGGCGUAACGCCCCCACGCAGGAAGAAAUCUAUGGCGAGCUUCCAGAAGGCUUUAGCCCUAACGACGACCUUUUCCCUGAAGACCCUAAUCAGCAACAAGCAGCCGCAGACGCCAACUCAAAGUGGGACGGGCUUUCAACCGAGUCCUUCGGACGGAAGCGUCCUCGACUCGCCGUCCAGAGUGGCAACCAUCGAGGCAACAAGGAGCCGCAAUGGGCAAGAGGAUACUCGACCACGAUGAACCAGGCAUCCACCUUCACGAUGGCUUCGCAGCUCGGUUCCAUGGUACCAGGGGGUCGUCAGGCCGAAAGGCUCUCGGACGGAAUGGUGGGUAACACAACAGCUGGUCCUCCCUCAAAACAAGGGAGGACGGUGCGCUCAGCCGGUCAGGGCAGCCUUCUUAGCUUUGUCAAGAAGGAUUCAAACUCAGCCUCGAACGAUGCCGAGGUGAUUGCACCCUGUUUCGCAGCUCUGCCGCAUCCAAAGACGUCUCGUGUACAGCGAGAUGAAGAGCGUGAGACAUUCGCAAAUAAUCCUCCACGGGGUAGCAAACGCCCAUUGAUAGACCCUGGUUUUCUUCGUCACAAGGUAGGCAGUUCGAAGGUAGUGGGUCACAUACUACCCAAGAAGCAAGAGACCAAAUCCGGGAAGCACUACCCCCAAUUUUCCAGUUCUCCACCUCGGCCACCAACACCAGACAAAGAGGUCGAAUCCGGUAAUUCUGGGGCGAACAACGAGAACAUUCCUGAGCCAACGUCUAUUCCCGCAAAGCGUCCUGCUGUCAGCUUCCACAACACCACCAUGCAGAAGACAACAAGUGGUGUGCGCAGACCUCCAGGGUUGGCGGCCCCUCGGGACGAAGCUGCGGCAUUGCAAAAACUUCGAAAGCCAUUCAGGCCCCUGACAAUGAAUCGACCAUAA